UUAUGCCCUCCAAGCGAAGUGGAUCGCUCCCGAGACGGUUGAAGAGCAGAUUGCACGCCUGAAGGCGAAGCCGAGACCGGUCGAGGGACUCGACUGGCUGCCGGGUCGGGAGUAUGGGGUGCGUCAAAGUCGGGAAUGGACCUACUCCAUUCCCAUCACUCGUGCAGCUCUCCUUUCGAUAAUGGAGGGACCACCAUUCCGGCUGUUCAACAUCUCGGAGCCAGCAGCUUUCAAGCUGUCGCAGCGGGCCGUGAUCUACAUCGGCGGUAAGGACGCUCUACAGACUUCGUCUAGGGACGCGAUGUUCGAGUACUUUCGAGAGCGGAUUCCGGAUCUCACCGAGGUUUGCGUGGCCGAUGGCGACCACAUGCUGGCGGAUUGCGAGGAGGCUGUAGCUAGGAAGGUGAUCGGCUGGGUUGGCCUCUCCGGCCGACCAGACGAGAGUUCUACGGGCCGGCCGUCGGACUGUCUGGGCCACCUGUCUGGUGUUGCGCUGGUGGUGCAAUGCGAUCGGAGUCGUAUUGACGGGUCCGACCCCAACAGGCAGAAUGCGCUCAUUCGUCCAGCAACCGGGAGUCACCGAGAUGCAGCUACUGCUCGGGUUUGUGCUCGGGUUCGUCAGUUCGUGCCUCGCCGCGAUCUUGUACGACUGACCGGACCCAUGCACGUCCUAAUCGGCGUCGGUGUGAGCCUCGCAAUCGUGGUCGGCCUCUGGUGCCUGUCGGAGUUUCAGCGUAGGCGACAGAUUGGGCGUACGCGCUCCAGGCUGCAACGCGAGUGGGGACAACCGAGAGCGUCAGGCACUGAGGAUGGGGUGGGCGUCUAUCACCUACACGCGAGUGGCCGGUCAGGCGACUCCCUGGACGAGACGACAUGGGCCGAUCUGAAUCUUGAUGCCGUGUUCCGGUUUCUCGACCGGAACGAGAGCGCACUUGGACGUGAACGGCUGUAUCACCGAUUGCGGCGCAUCAGUGGCAGUCCGAGCGAUGUCCACGGAUUCAACGCCACCAUAGAACGCUAUCGAGGGGACGAACCUGCCCGGCAGGCCAUCCAGAUGGCCAUGGCCACCGUCUCCGAGAGACACGAUGCGACGGUCCGGAGCCUGGCACUUAACGCGCCGGAGGCGUUGCCGUGGUGGAUGUUGGUCGUCUGCCCGGCAUUCGCCAUCGGGAUGGCAACCGUUCUAGCG